AUGAAGGACACAUCAUCAAAAAUACAAGACACCAUUGCAAUAAGUACCCAUAUCAAUUCAGGACCUCCUGCAAGGUAUCAGCUGGUAACAAAGAAACAGAAUCUAGAUGAUGAAGGCCUGCUCAGAAGAUGUACCUUUGGAGAGAGAGAUCACAGUAAGCUCAACAAAACCAUUCUGAUAGUGGGAGAGACAGGAACAGGGAAGUCAACUCUGAUCAAUGCCAUGGUCAAUUACAUCCUGGGUGUGGAGUGGGAACAUAAAGUCUGGUUUGAGAUCAUUGAGGAGGAAAAAGGAAUUCAAAGUGAAAGUCAAACUACAGCUAUCACUAUGUAUGAAGUCUUUGGGUGUGAGGGCCUGAGAGUCCCCUACUCUCUCACCAUCAAUGACACUCCUGGGUAUGGAGACACCAGAGGGAUCCAAGAAGACCAACUGAUCUCUGAAAAACUGUUGGAGAUGUUUAGGUCUACCAAUGGGAUUCAUCAAAUUGAUGCUGUGGGUUUAGUGGUGAAGGCAACUGAGAAUCGACUCAAUGACAGACAGAAGUACAUCUUCGAUGCAGUUUUGUCUAUAUUUGGCAAAGACAUGGAGAAGAACAUUGUGACCCUUAUCACACACUCAGAUGGGAGGCCCGCAAAGAAUGGCCUUGAAGCUAUUACAAGAGCAAACGUUCCCUGUGCCAAAAAUGACAGGAAUCAACCUGUUCAUUUUACAUUCAACAACUGUCAAUGUGAAGUCUUUGCUGAGGAUGAUGAGGAUUGUGAGGAGUAUGUGUCUAGUCAGAAGACAUCCUGGGACAAGGGAGCAAAGUCCAUGGACAAGUUUUUCAACUAUAAAAUAGAACCGAAAAGUAUGAAGAUGACUGAAGGAGUUCUGAGAGAACGCAAACAUCUGGAGGCGUGUGUCAACAACCUACGCGAGCGGAUCCACAUGGUUGAUCUGAAGCAGGAUGAAAUCAAGCAGACUCAAGAAGCACUCAAGGAACACAAGAAUGACAUUGAGGAAAACAACAACUUUACAUAUACUGUUGAAGAGCCGUACAAAGAAAAGGCUCCUACAAAAGAGGGGAAUGCAACUACCUGCACAGUGUGUGAGGAGAACUGUCACUAUCCAGGCUGCUGGUGGGUCAGUAAUCUCUCAUGGUGCAGUGUGAUGCAGAACAACUGCUGCACUGUGUGUACUGGCAAAUGUCACUACACCGAUCAUUCCCUCUCUCUGUCCGCUGCUCUGCAUCUUGGCUUCCUGAUUGACAAGAUGAAGGAGACAGGAGAAACAAAGAAGGUUCAGAAACUGGAAGAGAUGAAGAAGAGAGCUGAGGAACACAAGGGAGCUUUAGAUUACUUUAAAGCUGGUAGGACUUUUGAGGCGCUCGAAGGGGUGAUGCUGCUGGAGACAUGA